CUUUGAGUUUUGCGAGCGGCGGCUGUGCCGAUGGGGGAAUCUGGCAUUCCUGCUGGCCUCUCUUGGCCUUCUCCACCCGACGGUUCAGGCCUGCUUGACAAGUCCGUGGACAUGUUUGGCAAGAAGGGGCAUGCUGUUCCUGAGCACGUGACCGCCGUCGAGUCAGUGAAGUAGUGGCUUACCUUCUUCUUCUUCUCCGGUGCAACACGUCCUCAGGCACAGAAGACGAUGUCGACGAGCGACGACGAGGUGCAGGCCCAGCUGGAGCUGCGCUCCGUCCGCGGCAGGGACACGCCGUCGCUCCGGGAGUCGAUCGAGGAGCCCAACCUGCCGCCGACUGACUCGGGCUGGCAGGCCUGGACGUUUCUCGCGACGGCCACGACGAUGGAGACGCUCAUUUGGGGCAUGGGCAACGCCUACGGCACGUUUCAGGAGUACCACGAGCGGUCGCCGGACUCGCCGCUGUAUGGGAGCAGCCGCGCGUCGAUCACGGCGACGGGCACGCUCAUCGCCGGCGGCCUCUUCUUCAGCCCGUGGCUCUUCAACGGCUUCCUCUCCUCGUAUCCGCACCUCGUCAAGCGCUUCUCCCUCGCCUGCCUCGCCCUCUCGGCCGUGUCGCUGGUCGCCGCCUCGUUCAAGCCGACGGCGAUGCGCGCUGCUGCCCUCCAGGGCUUUCUCUCGGGCUGGGCCGGCGGUGCCUACUACACGCCGUGCAUGAUCUGGCUGCCCCAGUGGUUCGUCGCCCGCCGCAGCCUGGCCACGGGCAUCAUGUUUGUCGGCUCGGGCAUCGGCGGCGUCGUCUGGCCCUUUGCGCUCGACGCGCUGCUGAGCCGCACGGGCUUCUCGGCGACGCUCCGCAUCCUCGCCCUGAUCCAAGUCCUCGUGGGCGGCCUGGCCUGGACGUUCCAGAAGCCCCGACUGCCCGUCGUCGCACCCGAUGCCCGGCAGCGGCGGCGGCGCAGAAACGUCGUCGCCGGCGUGCUGCCUCGCCACGCCACGGUGCUCCACUCGCCCCUGGGCCUCGUCAAUGGCGCGUUUCUCUUCUUCCAGGGCGCCGCCUACUGGUCCGUCUCCUUCUACAUUGCCCCCUAUGCCGCCUCGCUUGGGCUGUCCUCGACUGCAUCGACGGGCGUGCUGUCAUGCCUCAACGCCGCCUCGGCCGUCUCCUUUGUCGUCAUCGGCCAGCUGUGCGACGCCUGGCAGUUUUCGCCCCUCGCCCUCUCGCUCUCGGCCGUGGGCAGCGCCCUCGUCGGCCUGCUCCUCGGCUUUGGCCAGUCGCUGGCGCCGCUGCUCGCGUUUGCGAUCCUCUUUGGCCUCGCCAACGGCGGCUACCCCACCUUUUUGGCACCGGCAGCCAAGGAGAUGGCUGCGCUGGGCUCGUCGGACCACUCGACGAUCUUUGUCGAGUACCUUGCCUGGCGCGGCGCCGCCACCGUCACGGGGCCCCUCAUCUCGGCCGGCCUCUACCAGCGCUCGUCGCAGCGCGCCGUCUGGGGCUCCUACGGCCUCGCACCCGUCGUCAUCUUUGUCACGACGCUCCUCGCCGCCUCGGCUGGGCUCGCGGCCCUGACGCUGCCCCUCCGUCGCCGGGUCGCCUCAUCGCACCGCUGAGGCACCCCUCAGUGCGCAUACAAUUGUAAUGUAAUGUAUUCC